GGACACUGGGUGUCACUCUGUCAUUAAUAUUACAGCUAAAUAUGUCUGAGAUUUAAAAAAAAAGUUAAGUGCACCAGAAACACUGUGAAUUAUAUGUGAAUCGUCUGUUAUAGUCUGACUACAAUUCCACAUCUACUUGAAAUAGUUGCUUAGGAAACAUCUAUAAAUUAUAUGUUACUGAAAAAACAAUCUAUAUAUUCCAGUACAAAUGCUUUUUUAUUAUGGAGCUGGGCCACAGACAAUACUUUCUUGUGAUUUGAGUAAUGAAUUAAAGAUUGUAAUACCUCUCCUACUUUUUAAAGAGCAAUUAUAUGACUAAAGAGAUAUUGUUAGAGAAACUUGCUUUGAGAUGUUUCAACAAUCUCAGCUCCAGAGGGACGUUAAGUUUGGAAGAAGGAUGUACUAGUGAUAGUGGAAACAAAGAAUGCAGAAUUUACAAGCCACAAGGACAUUUGGCAGAACUCCCAAGAUAAGGAAGAAACCAACAAAACCAACUCAGUAACUGUGCUGAAGUCAGCCCCAAGUACGUAAAAGACAGUUCUGGCAAGGGGAGAUUGCGACCACGAAAUUCACCAACUCAAAAAAAGAGAAACUGAGCACAUAGAUUAUAAUAGUAGAUAGGAUACUAAUUAAUCAGAUUACUAUGUAACUUGUAGCCAAUGAAUAUUAAUGUCUUUGUUUACUAAAACCUAUGAACAGCGAUAGUUUUUUGGUAGUCGUCAUGCUGGCUUAGCAGAUUUGACACCCAGCACUCUUUUUGUGCAGAACUGUACAAAAAUCAAAUACCUCACCUCUGUGUGGGGCUCGGCCUCUUGCACAUCAGGUAAAAGAACCCAUUUUGGGAAAACAGAGAUAUUUUCAGCAGCUUUACUCCCAUGGUACCUCCACGUAAAUUUAUUUUCAAAAUAUUUGGCUGUUUUCCCUGUAUGUGUCAUUUCCUUAAAAUACUUAACAUCAUCACACCAGCACACGUAAUGUCAAAUUCUUGAAGGCAAAUUCAAGGCUGUCGGGAAAACAAUGCAUUAACUUGGCCAGAAGUGUGAAGUACGUACGAAUAAAAGUAAUUCCUUUCAACGGUCACAUUUAACUGUCUUUGUCAUAGCUGCAAACUACACACUCUAAUUUCUGGGUGGCGUAGGUCCUUCAGAAGAAGCCUCGGCCUUUCCUGAGGCAUGCCAGGAGCGGUUUAGCUCUGUGGGGCCGGUGGCGGCAGCAGCGCCCCAAGGCCGGCCGCUCCCAGCGGGAAGGGCAGCGGGCCCGGCCCGGCGGGGCCGCCGAGGCUGCGCCGCUCUCCGCGGGGCGGGGCGAGGGGCGGCCCGCCCGCCGGCCGCGGCUUUCGAAAGUCGCUCGGCGGGCACGGCUUCCGCUUCGCCCUCAUCCCCCUCCUUAUCCUCCUCGUUCUCCUCCGCCGGGGGUCCGCGCGGGGCCGGGGGGUCCGCGGCGUCGUUCCUGGGGCAAGUGCGAGCCUUGGCCGGUAAGGGCUUGCGGCAGGGAAAUACGGGUGCCGACCCUGCUCGGUGUCGCUCUCUUCAGCGAUGGCAGCGUGGGAGGCCGCCGAGAUGUCCUUCUUCAGUCUGAGCGACGUGAGGGAGCGGAUGCGGGAGAAGAAGAAGGGUGCCUUGAGGACUGCGAAGUUGAAUGCCUCGCUUGCAUCGAAAAUCAAAACGAAGAUCAUCAACAACUCCUCCACUAUGAAAGUCUCCCUAAAGCAGAACAAUAAAGCAUUGGCUCUGGCCCUCAAUGCAGAGAAAGCCAAUGCACAGCGGCUCACGCAGGAGAAGACCAUCUUACAGAAGGAGGUGAAGCAGUGCCACUUCCAGAACGCUGUGCUGCGGCACAGGCUCUCCUUCCUGAAUGAUAUGUUGAAAAAAAUGGACAAUCUUAUGGCUGCAGUUAAGACGGCCGAGCUGUCUGAGUUCCAUAUAAAUUCUGAAUCCUUGUCCUGUGGCCAGAAGAGCAUCAUGACUGAAGAUAGCUGGGCUGAUGAUAUUGUAGAUGGUCAGCUUCUGAGGGUUACACAGAUGCCGAUGAGAGUGCCCAUUUCCAAGCUGCAUGAUGCAGAGCAGCAAGCUGGCAGCUCCACAGCACUACAAACAUCCUCAGGAGAACUUCAGAGACCUGCUUCUAAUGCAGGAGAACUUCAGAGACCUGCUUCUAAUGAGACCUUGAAAAUUGUGCCUGUUGCCCCCAAAGAUGCUUUGCCACCACAGCACGAUGAGGAGCCUCAGUUCCACCAGGAAGAGAAUGGCAAAAAGGUGACUGAAGCAACGGCAACAGAGGGGGCUUUUCAUGACUCUCACAUAUUUGGAGAUGUCUUGUGCAGCACUGAACAAAAUCCCAACAAUUUGCCAAUGCUUGCCUUGGAAAGUCAUACUCUUUCAUGUGAGGCCGAUGAGAUGGCAAAACAUUUAUUUGAUCGUCUCUCACAAGGGCACAUUACUCAGAGGAGAAAGCGUUCCUCCCUGUUUGCUACAAGCACUCCAUCUUCUGCUCUGGAUAUCUUCCCACGUGUCAGUUCCACUCAGGCAGCUUGGGGUAGUACUGCACAGGACAACAGCAGCUCCAGCAAGAACAACACAGAGCAACAGCUGCAAUCUCCCAGCCCCCUGGCUUCACCAGCUCAAGCUGCUGUUGUUUCUCAUAGAAACUCUGUGGGUAAAGAGACCUUUUGUGAGCAGACACAGACAAAAGAAAUGGGAUGUGGUGUUGAAAGGGACCCUAGCUAUAGCCAGGUCCCUGAGUUUGUUCCUGAAAAGGUUAAAAGCAAAGAUAAGAGUAAAAUCAGAGAGAAAAAGACUGUUAAAAAAGCAAGAACAGGAAAAAAGAAAACAACUGCAAUUAAAACCAAUACAGAAAGUAGUCCUGACAGAUCUCAAGGUGAAGAGUGUGCUCAAAAUGCACAAAAUCUUCUUCAGCCAAAAGCUGCAACAUGUUCUAGUGAGACUGAAGUCUGUGAGAUGGGGCAGAAGGCAUGUGAGGGGGCUUUUGACAAGAGGAAUACAGAUUGUGGUGUGGAGCACCAUUCCCACUCUCCUGAUGGAGUCCAAGACUUGGGAAGUACAUGUGAGGUGAAUCCAGCACAGCUGCAGAAUCUUGAAAGUGUUGACUUAAUGCAACAGGUUAAGAAGGGACCUAUCUUUGAGAUGCAAAGUAUGGAGAGCUUGCUAAAACCCCCAGUUCAUACCUUCUCAAGUCAUGAAAUUCCCUCAGGUGAUUCCAGUCUACAGAAUUCACUUUUCUUGGGGAAAGAGACCUCCAGUGCUUGUGCUUUGCAAGAGGACCCAAGUGUGAUCAGAUAGAAAAUCAAGAGAAAAACUAG